UUCAGUUCGCGGGGAGCGCUCGUACAGUGCGCGUUGUUGUCCCGUGUUCCUCUAGAUGGUUGAUCACGUGGGAAACAUUGCGCCGAGUUUUCGCGAUUCCGUGGCGGAGAAGGGCCGAGGGAAAGGGAAUAAAUGUGCGCGAGUCCGUAAUGGACAACCCUAGCGGCGGAAGAGAUAGUCGGUACGCAAGUCUUGGCUACAGCAUGGGGAUGAUAGGCAGCGACGCUGGCUCGGAAAUGUACGGCCGACCGUCCACCUCCCAACUUACAACUUCUCAAAUAAGCCGCGGUGGCGCCACCAUGAUGGCAGCGGCGGCCGCUGCAGGCGCACCGAAUGCCGGCGUGGGAUCUGUACAGAGGGGUAUCAAGAGGACCACUUCGGACGUCUGUUACGAUGACAGUAACGCACGGCAGGCACUUUCGCAACAGCAGGCCAUGUCAAUGUCCACAGACUGUGUCCCCGAUAAUCUCGAGGAGUCAUUUACGAGUUUGGGCCAGCCGAAAAAGUCACCCCCCUCGAACGGUAAGAAGACCAAAGGACGGGUCAAGAUUAAAAUGGAGUACAUCGACAAUAAACUACGGAGGUAUACCACCUUCUCGAAGAGGAAAACCGGAAUCAUGAAGAAGGCGUACGAGCUGUCGACACUGACAGGUACACAGGUGAUGCUGCUGGUAGCCAGCGAGACCGGGCAUGUGUACACGUUCGCGACACGAAAGCUGCAGCCGAUGAUAACGAGCGAGGCCGGGAAGGCGUUGAUCCAGACCUGUCUGAACAGCCCGGACCCUCCCGCCUCCGGUUCCUCCGGCGACCAGAGGAUGUCCGCGACCGGGUUCGAGGAGACCGAACUGACCUACAACAUAGCCGACGACGAGCAGAAAGAAGACGGCACUUCACCUAGAUCGGACGUUUGCGCGAACGAAAGCGACGGAGACACCAGCGAUGGCGAUUCUCCUGUCUCAAAGGAUCUCUCAAAAAAUCACUCAGGUAUAAUGUACCAGAUGCCACAGACAGUAAUUUACUCGCCGACUCCGGGGGUUCUACUCGGUAUCGGGCAAAACGGCCAGCCGGUGCAAAUCUCUCAAGAAGGAGGCACGGUAGCCCCGGUUAACUCGACGCAGAGUAAUCAGCCGUUCAUCACGAUACCGCUGAACGUCGCGAUGAGUGCCGCCGGCUUGUCGCUUCCGGUUACAUCCAGGAUGAAUCUGUCGCCGUCGCCGCGAUCACCAACGACAUCGGCCACGUCCAGCUGCGAGCUACCAUCGGACCUGAGCAAAGAUCGUGAGUGAUAUAUCGCGGAUCGAGCCCCGAUUAAGAAAAAACCCUCCCCGAAGCUUGUCGCUCGACGAUGCAACAAAAGGCUUGACCCGACGAGAUUGGACGGGCCAUCUUUUUUCCAACGAUCGUUUCGGUUCACCAAAGAAGGUCGGAGCGAACCGUGACGCAUACAGAAACUCGGAAAUCUCGCGCGGAACAUUUUCUCUUCAGCGACGCGUCGGGAUGACCUGUUUCGAUCGUACGCCCGAGCCGAAUUGAUCCGACGAUCGAAAUGGACGCGUUCUCUGCAAUGCUAUCGAUACAUACAGAUAGAAUUUGCUGCUUAUCGUGUACGAUCGACUGAUUUGUAUUUUGCAAGAUGAUGGAUUUUGUCGAGAUCUCCUUUGCGCUCGCGAUCUAGCCGGUCGCGACGGUAACGCGUUGCAACGCGGAGGUGCUUGUCAUUGGUCGAGGAUAUUCGUUUGAUGAAAUUUUGCGAAAUUAUCGGUACUGUGUUGUAUUUUAUAGAGGAUUGUAUAAAACCAGAGAACGAAUCAAAUUGCAACGAUGAAUACGUCGAGAGUAAGGGUGGCAAAUUUGGAUGGAUCUUUGCGUACGAUAUUAUGUGCGUAAAUUAGCAUUGACCGAUGAUUGGUUGUGGUAUGAAAUUAUCAAUGCGCAUUGGUAUAGUUUUUGUUGAUACUGGACUUUGUUAGCCGGCGUUUAAUCGAUAUUCGUACAAUACUAGUCGAAGGUUUUACCCAAUAACCGUUCCACGAAUUAAUUGUUUACACUGUCUUCGUAGAAUUCGCUGCUUUUCGAGCUAUUAUUUAACGUUUCGUAAAUUACUUAAUAGAGAGGAAAGGAAUUCGAUAUUUUUUCGACGUUAAACGUUAUAUAGGAAUAUUUGAAGAUUCGUGGGACUGGUGAGUCGAAUGAGACGCAUUCGAGUGCAGUAAUUUGAUAAUAACAGAAAAAUGAGCAAGUAAUAAUAAAAUAUCGAAAUUUUAGCGAUACAUUUUAUGUAUCACGUGUGUUAUGUACUAUAAUUGUAUAUAUAUCAACGAUCUGAAGCUUGUAAUUUUUAACGUUCUCCUCUUUAGCAACGUAAAUCAUCACGAAACGAUUACAGAACUUGUAGGUUUAUAGCUCGAAGCGGUACACCAUUCGACUGCGGCGAUUUGUUCGCAAUUCUCAUCUUAGGAAACGCAAAUUCAUAUGGUUGUUCGCGAAUUAUUUGAAAGAGAAGGGAGAUAACUGAAGAGAGAUAUCGAGGAUCGAUGAAUCGUGUGGCGAUGAUGACUUCUCAAUCAUACAGGGUGCUUCUAAAAAUAAUCUAUAAGCUAGCGUUAUCGUUUUUUUUGAACUAUAGAGAAGAAAAUAUUCGAUAUAUUUUCUAACACGGAAGUGCGAUUAACCAAAGACCUUUUUGGUUUAUCCGAAUUGUAUUAUUUAUUAGCUUACCCGGAUAAUGAUUCCUCGAGAAACAACGACGUGUUCGCGGUGUUACCGAAACAUAGAAAUUACGCAAAUUCCUCGUGAAUCAGUCACAGAAUGUAAAAGGCAAUAAUAGCGUCUCGAGUUCGAUGAUCGGCUGAUCGGAUUAAUUAACCGAACCGUUAAAUUGGUCGGUGAUAAUGUUGGCAAUCGUAACCGUUCGUUUAUACGAUCAUGAUGUUUAAUCAUUAACCGUAAAAUAGUGAUAAGCACGCGUCAUUAUCAGCCAAAUUGUUUCAACAGUAUUUUUACUCACACAGUAAGCUCUAUUUUACACGAUAUGGAAAUAAAUUAUCAGCUUGUGAUAGACAA